AUGUCCAUGUUGCCGUGCCGUGUGUUGUGUCUGUUGGCCAUUGUGUUCUGCUGUGUGGGUGUAAGUGAUGCCACGGGUACUUCUCAGGCACGGCAGGUAUCUGCAAAUAAUACUGCCCCUUUAGUGGGAGAUACGAUUGCCACUAGUGGAGGUACAUCAGCAGCAGCAACACGGGUAUCAUCAGUGGUAAAUGGAAAGUCCUCUGAGAGUGUCAAGGAGGCUCUGCAAUUCGCCAACAAACUGGUGGAGAGUAUUACAGCAGCACACACAAAGGCGAAGACUGCUCCAGAGUCCUAUGACAAUGUUGUGCAGACUAUUACUGAAGAAAAGAGAAGAGUGGAGGAUGCGGUUGUAAAGGCAGAUGAGGCACUUAAGCUGGCCGAAAGGAAUGUGGAAGACAUAUUUACCGGACUAAUGCAGAUGGCUGAAAAAAGUAAAAUUCUCUUAGUUAAUGAAAGUGAUAACUACUCAGAGCAUGGAGAGAAAAUACCAGUAGCACAGUCAUUUGAAGACAAUAUGUCUGUUGCUGUUAGUAAUGUUCUGAGUGUUAUGGAUAGCAUCACCACCGCUCAUAUCGUUCUUUACACGACGGUGGCUAGUGUAGAUGAACUAAAAGGGAAUGUUGAUGCGAUGUUGCAACAGGCCAAAAAGGUGUUGAGAGCAGUGCAGAAUGUGAAGACUACAACACGCAAUUCUGUGUGGAAGGCAGCAGCCGUUGUGGCAGUGGAGAAGGUAGUAGAGAUGCAAAAGAAGAUCACUAUGGCGAAAGAGAAAGCCGCAGAGGCAGUGAAUCGCGCUACUGUAGCUGCAAGUACAGCAACGGAGGCAGUUGAUGCAUUUCUUCCCAAGGACUUGUCGCAACUAAAGAACAUGUCGAAAACAAGAAGUGGUAUCAAAGUUGUUUAUGAUUCUCAUUCCCAUAAUCCAGUAGUAAAUCAAAAAAAGCGUGAUAAUAGUGAGAAAAUAAAAGAUGCAUUAAGGUUACGUGCCGCUGUAACUAAAGAACUCACUGAAACUGUGGAUUCCAACACGAAUGUGGUAAUGAACACCAUACGUGAGGGGCAGGAGAUGGUAAAGCAAGCAAGCGAUGCUUUCAAAGCAGCGGAGGAGGCAGCAAGACAGAUACUAGACUCCCUCCGUGCUGCUGAAGAGACGUGGAAGAAGAGCGACUGA